GUGGUGGAAACGAAGAGCUUGCUGGGAAUUGGCUACUGAUAAAGGUAAUCCACAGUAGUGCUAAUUGGCGUCUAUCACUCUCUCCAAACUCAAAUCGCUCGUAUCACGCCAUCAUGUCCCUCAGAUCCUCUCAUUUUCGCUCCAUAAUUCUUCCAACUGUCUUCUUCAUCGGCCUUCUUUCUUCCUCAGCUCAACAAAAUGAAGACCCAACUAUUACAACAAUGGAGGCCUUCUCCGGUUACCCACUUCAUGAACCAAAUGAAUCACCUACCUUACACCUCGCUUCUUCCUUAUCACUUGAUGCUCAAGCCCUACAAGAGCAGAUUGACGAGCUCUCUACUUUCUCCGAUUCUACUGCCCCUUCGGUUACCAGGAUUCUCUACUCAGAGAAGGAUGUUUUGGCGCGCAGAUACGUCAAAAACUUGAUGAGACUUGCUGGUCUCUCUGUUAGAGAGGAUGCUGUUGGUAACAUAUUUGGCCGAUGGGAUGGCUAUAAACCUGAGCUUGCUGCAGUAGCCACUGGUUCUCAUACUGAUGCUAUUCCAUAUUCUGGGAAGUACGAUGGGGUUGUUGGUGUUUUAGGUGCAAUAGAAGCUAUCAAUGUACUAAAAAGAUCUGGGUUCAAGCCUAAAAGGUCUCUGGAGAUCAUCUUUUUCACCUCAGAGGAGCCUACACGAUUUGGAAUCAGCUGUUUGGGCAGCCGCUUAUUGGCAGGGAGUGAGGCACUUGCAGAAGGUUUGAAAACUACAGUUGAUGGCCAAAAUAUAUCCUUUCUUGAUGCUGCAAGAGCUGCUGGUUAUGCAAAAGACAAAGAUGAGUUAUCCAGUGUGUUUAUGAAGAAAGGAGAUUACUUUGCCUUUUUAGAGUUGCAUAUUGAGCAAGGGCCCAUUCUUGAGGAGGAAGGUGUAUCAAUUGGUGUUGUGACUGCCAUUGCUGCCCCUGCAAGUAUAAAGGUAGAUUUUGAAGGGAAUGGAGGCCACGCAGGUGCAGUCUUGAUGCCAAACAGAAAUGAUGCAGGGCUGGCAGCUGCAGAGUUAGCUCUUGCUGUUGAGAAACAUGUAUUAGAAUCUGGAUCAGUGGAUACUGUUGGGACUGUAGGUAUUCUGGAGCUGCAUCCUGGAGCAAUCAACAGUAUUCCGAGCAAAUCACACCUAGAAAUUGAUACUCGAGACAUUGAUGAAGAGCGAAGGAACCUUGUAAUUGAAAAAAUUCAUAAAUCUGCUGUUACAAUUGCCAAACACCGUCAAGUCAAGCUAUCAGAAUUCAAAAUCGUCAAUCAAGAUCCACCCGCCCUUUCUGGGAAAUUAGUAAUCGAAACAAUGGUAGCAGCAUCGCGGGAGCUAAACCUUACACAUAAGUUAAUGAUAAGCAGAGCUUAUCAUGAUUCACUGUUUAUGGCCAGGAUAUGUCCAAUGGGUAUGAUAUUUAUUCCGUGUUAUAAAGGAUACAGCCAUAAACCUGAAGAAUAUGCUUCCCCUCAGGACAUGGCAAACGGUGUCAAAGUGUUAGCACUAACACUUGCCAAGCUGGCUAGUCUGUAAUUUGUUGUAUGAUGUUUUCAAAUAAUGAACAUGGAAAACUCCAUUUCUUCCUAACUCUUAUUUGGAAAUUUCCAACUUCUUCAUAACUUUUGGCCAGAAAUGACGCUGAAGAGCAGAAGAGAAGCUAAUGGCCACUCUUUUCAAUUAGAAUUCUUAUAUUAUUUUUUCUUCA